AUGCCUCCAUCACCUUCGGAUCAUGAUGGUCAACGUGUUUCGCUGAGCGAAAUUGAGCUCAUCGACAUCUUUGCUUUGAUCUACCAUGGCUAUCUUGGGUGCACACCGUUGUAUCCCACUGUCGCUAUUUCUCUGCGCACUCUAGCUGCAUACCGCCAGACACACCGAGUAUGUCCUACAUUCAGUUUUCAAGCGCAGUGCAAAGCACUGUGCUUUCUUCAUGAUAUCCCUUACCGACCUUACCUCACUACCCAAUUAUCGGCUGCUUUCGACAUCUAUCUACAAAUUCUUCAGCGCAUCGAUCAACGUCUUCGCACAGCUCUGAAACGCGACACGCCUAAUUGGCGUCUUCUAAAUGCAUGUCCAGCAUGCUUUUACAAGCUGGAGGACGAGCCCGACCUUCCUUUUGACUGGCUUGUAACAAUGGACGGCAACAACAGUUUGAAGAGGUGGGACUCCACGAUAUACGGGACAAAUGCGCGACUCGACUCUCGUAAGGUCCAGUCAGAUAUUUGGAUUGAUCCGGACACUGUCGACAAAUUCAACGGCGAAGUCAGAGGGCAUGCGGCUAUGUCUAAUCGAGGCGAUGAUGCCUUAAUCGAUGAUACGACAGCGGAAACUAACCCUGCUCCAUUCAGCUGUGCAGAUCGAUGGAAAAAUGCGGGCCCAGAAAUGCGGAAGAAAAUGUUUUCUGUCUUUGACGAAUCGGGCAUCUUCAUUGCGGCAUGCCGCCAUCGUUUGGUGCUUUUAGGCUGCGACAUGAUCCGAAGUGGUGAAUUGGCGAAAUAUCCGCUUGCUAUGAUUGACAAGCUUCUUGCUGUCUAUGGCAAGGGCGGCGCUUGUGCUUAUGAUAUCGGGUGCGCAUUUACGAAGACACUAAGUAAUAGUUCUUUAGGGUCGCGUGCACACCAGCUUGGAUUUCGUCUUAUGGUCGGGGCCUUUCAUGGGCACGCUCACAAUCGGAAAUGCCAACUCGACUGGCAUCCACUCUACAUUUCUGGAACCGGACACAGCGAAGGAGAGGGGUGCGAGCACAUAUUUUCAGCAUCGAACGCACUCGCUCGUGGCACCCGGCAUGCAAGCACGUUUCAUCGGCAUCAGACAAUCAAUCAACAUUUUACGUUUUGGAAUGACGAUAAAUACGCCGCUCUCAGCAAUUUUCUCUGGAACCACUAUCGCGAGGCUUUGAAAUCAGUUCAGACACUCACCGUCGAACUGUCUGCCAUCAAAGCUGAGCUGGAUAUUACUGAUGACGAUUUCCCUCGGUACAUACUUCAAGAACGCGCUUAUCUGGAUGGUUUGAAACAGCCGCCUACGAGAGACCAAAAUUGCAUCCGAUACGUUGAGGCACUCGAUGAAUUAGCCGAACGAAAGUUAGUCGUCCAUUUUGUCUGCUAUUUACAGCAUGCUGAAAUGCUAGUGGUGCACAUUGAACUCCAACUCGCUGUAGAGGGACGGUGGGAGAUAGGCGGUGAUGAAUACAACCGAUUCAAGAUGGAAGCUUGUCUUGGCAAGUACCGCACCGCACUCGAUGAUUUGGAGCGGCUCGUAGUGAUGCGAUUGUUCGAGCUUUCUAAAUUGUCAUUGUCGGGGACAGGGUACAAGUUACGUCAACAGAUCGGCAAGGCUUUGCAACGGCGUUCGGAAGCCAUUCGAAAUGCGAUCAAUCGUUAUAAUAUUCAAGCUAUAGCCCUAAAUCCCCCGCGUCCGAAGAUUUCAUGGAAAGAUAUCGCUGACUAUAGCUUUCUGGGCGAGUUCGAUCUUUUACGACACUCACGCACCGAUAUUCGCAGCGAGGAUUGGGCCAAACCAGCCCAUCGAGAAGCAACUACAAAAUACUUCAAGCUUUGUCGAGCACAUGAAGAGAUCACGCGACUUAAUGUCGAAAUUCGUCGCUUACGCACCGCUAUUCAUGCUGAACAAGUCCAAACAACUGCCGUGAUAGAGGAUCUCCGUCUUUCGGACCCGAAACUUGCUGAGGAGUUGCAGCGCCAAUGGUGUUCGCGUGCCGCCAUCAACGCUGUCCAUUUGCAUCGCUUAGAUCGCAUUGAAUGCCUCACUGGAUUCUCGGGUGUCAGGGGUGUUGGCAUGACAUUAGCGCAAUUAUUAGUUCUGACUACACUGACAUUGAAGCUAUUGAUCGCGAGGAGCACGGCAUAA